AUGUUUCGGGUCUUUGAGGUGUGCAUCGAAAUCAACAACAUCCUGGACCGGGACACGCUCCUUUUAACUGAUGCAAUGCUUAAGGCAAUUCAUCUACCGUUUGGUACUGAUCGCGACCAGGUGAUCAUGGCAUUACAAGCCAUUGAACGCAGGCUGAGCGCGUAUGAUGACAAGCAAAAACUGUUGGGCAACCCAGUGACUGCCAACUUGCGAAAUGGUUGGAUAGCAUCCUUGCUGGUGGCAGGCUUUAGCUGGGGAUCUCGCUUCAUGGCACCGGUAUUGUCUCACUUAGACAUUGAUCGCCUCCAGCAGAUGCUGCUGGAUGGACAGAGUAAAGGGAAGACCAAUCUUGAGUGA